AUGGAGCCUCAAAGAUUGUCCUUAGAGACAUGGAUUUUUCAGUUAGAGCAAGGGUAUGAUGAAGAUCUUGCUAGUGUAGCACCAGAAUAUGUCAAGGCCAAAGGAGCUUCCGGGGAAUCUAGCUUUUUACUCGCCUCUAACAUGCGCGCAUUUCGAGCUUUGAAAUGCCUUCUUACUGCUCCACAGACUGCUCUAUCACAAGAUGAGCUAGAAACUAUUCUCCGUACUACUAUUUUCGAGGUGAAUAAUCGACUUGCCUUCAAUUGUCUUCGUAUUGUACUUGAGAUAAUAACUAACCAGGCUGAAGAACAUGGAAUCACUCUUCACUCGCAUACUAGCGUACUGCAGGCACUCAAGAUGGCAGAGACGCAUGGGAACUAUCGGGCGAUGUUCUACCUUGCUUCCAUUUUGGAUGAUGCACCUGCACUACUUCGAUAUUCCUAUCUGUUCACAAAAGACCCACUGAGCUUACCAGUUCUUAAAAACUAUGACUCAAAAGCCCAGUCUGUAGAGAAGGCUGAGGAUCAUCUCAACAAUUCUAAGUAUCUCGCUAACGUACUUGAAAAGCUAGAACAGCCCGAGGAUACUUCUACUGCCUAUCAGCUUUCUCUUAUUAAUAGUGUAUUAUCGUUUUUGCAAUCUAUAAUUGCGUGUCAGCAACCUUCUACCAUAUUCCCCAGAGUUGAAGAAGCCAUUCAUCAGCUACUGCAACGUGAUUUGCCCGACACCCUAGGAAGAACCAUCUUCUCUAUAGUCUUAUAUUGCAUACAAAGCCUGCAUAAACGAGAUAAUAUAGAUAAUAGUCAAAUCACCACUACUAGCAACAUCAUGGAUCCCCAUAUUUCCGUUGAUACAUUGCUUCAGUCUGACUCAUUAAAAGAUCAGCCAUUCUCAUGCACUGAGUCCUUCAUCAAUAAGAGAAGAGAUGACAAGGGCAUCUUGUCUUACAUAAAGACCCUUAACACUAAAAUCUAUACACAUGAAGCAGAAAUUCUACAAUUACGGAAACAACUGGAGACGGUUAGAUAUAGACACCGGGAAGAGGCCGAGAUCAAUGGAAAGUUAAAUACAGCCCUUUCUGAACAGUUAAAAGAGGAGAUAGACAGGGCCAUGAUGCUGGAAAAGCAAUCGUUGGAGAAAGAUAAGGUGAUUUUAUCUAUGCGUGAACUCUUAAAAGGCUGGAUGAGGAACUUAAAUACAGUACAGAGUAAUGCAGAUAGUAAAGCUAGUUGUGAACUACUUCAAGAUGGCAAGAAUCUGUUGGGAUACAAUAGUGAUGAGUUAUUCGGCACCGGUACUAGUUUGAAGGAAAGUGCUGUGUUAGCAGAGAAGUACAUUGACUCUAUGACGAGUAAUCUUGCAGGUAUUAACGAUUCGCUGAAGAAACUUGACAAUGAGAAGCAGUCCCUCUCUAUGAUGCAGAAGCACGUUCUUGGUCUGGAAUAUGAACAGGAGCAAAUACUGAACAAUAGAGAUGACCUUAAUACAGAGCUACUUGAAGCGGAGCUACGACACUAUAGAAGGCUCUAUUUCAGUCUAAAGGCACACUAUGAAGCGAUGGUAAACCUUUUACCAGGGGACGCAGCUGAAUUGGCGAGCGAUGUCCUAAAUAACUUAAUAUUAGAAGGUAAUGAAAGACAUCUGGAAUAUUCUAGAGGUAGCAAAGACACUAGUGUUGAGCCGAGCGAUGAACUAGGAGCAUCUGGUCAAUUAUUUAUGGAUUGCAACUCUGCAUGGAACGAACAAAACUCCACGUGGCGUAGAUACAUGAGUGAUGGCGAAUACCAACGCUAUGUUGAACGUGCCGUGACUCCAACGGGCCUGUCCACAAUCUUCCGGCAUCAGACUGCGCCCGGCCCAGAUUCUAAAUCUGCCCAAAUCCGGCCUUGGAGUGCAGUACUGCGUGGAGAGAACAAGGAAAGGAAUAAAAGCGCUUCCAAAAGCUUCCACUGA